AUGGUCAACUUGAUAUAUUUGAUAAAACGAACAGCUGGUUCUAGAAGUAUUUUUCAAGAUAGUGAUUCAGAAAAACGACGUGAAUAUAUACAUCAUAUUGUUUUGCGUGAUUUAAUACUUGAUCAAAAAUAUUCUUAUCAUUGUAGUAGUGAAGCAUAUGAUUGGUCACCUUUAUUUUGGUUUACAGCUAUCUGGAAUAAUUCCAAUUUUAUUGUUUGCAUAGCUAUUUAUGAUGACAUGGAUAAAGAUAAUGUUCAAUCAAUGGUACAUCUACAAGAAGAAACACAGUCAAGUCAAUUUGAUCGAAGUUUACAUGUUCGUGAUACGACAUAUGAUAUAAAUGAUGAUAAUGCAUGUUUUGGUGAUGAAUAUAUAAAUUCAAUUCAAUCUAUUGCUGCAUCUAUGACUUGUCUAGAAAAUCAUAAAAAUGCAUAUAAGCCAUCAUCAGAUGAUACAUAUGAUAGUGAUGCUAAUCAUUCUUAUAGUUUUAAUGUUGGUUCUGUACAUAUAAUUAGUUUUUCAACUGAAUCUUAUUGUUAUCUUGAUUAUGGUCUUAAGGCCGCCCCCCGGGGCGACCUUAAACAAAUUAUCAAUCAAUAUAAAUGGAUUGAAGAAGAUUUAAAAAAAACUAAUCUACCUGAAAAUCUUGCUAAACAACCAUGGACUAUUACCAUGACUCAUAAAAUAAUAUAUUUUUGUAAGUUUGGAUUUCAUGUAUAUAAUGGUACACGAGGUGUUUAUAUAGAUCCGAAUGCUCCGGUACAUAUUGUCAUCGAAUCAGUGGGUUGUACUGAACGUCAUGAUCCAUUUGGUGUUUCUGAACCGUGGAUAGCAUUUCAAAAUAAUGAUUAUGUUUAUACACGAAUGAAUGUAUAUAAUUCUACACGACCACAACAAGCUCGUCAACCAGACACAACUGAUGAACAAGCAGGAAUAAGUAAAGCUCAUGGAGACAAUAAAGAAGCUCUUCAACCAACUAUUCUUGCUGUUGCUAAAAAUUCUUAUUCAAAUCCAAUGUCUUCUUCAAAUAGUACUUCAUUUGGAUUGUCUUCUAAUGGUACUUCAUUCGAAUUGUCUUCUUCUUCUUCUUCUUCUCAGUCAUACGAUAUUGUUAUUGAUAAAACACCAUCAGUUGAAGCAAAUUCAAUUACUAUUAGUCCUGAAUUAAAACUCGACUUGUUAAAAACUAUUUUAGAAUAUCCAAGUAUUUGUUUUAUAAUAUCCCAGCUAACGAAAUCCAUUUCAAAACUCAAACAUAAUUAUCAAUUUUUGAAAUCACUUCUCAAUGAAUUAGUUACUAUGGGUAUUCUAAUUUGUUUGAACAAUGGAAUUCGAUCUGGAAAUAAUUUGACAUCUCUCUAUGUUAAAGUUUUACCAGAGGCACUUGAGGUCGACAAAGUUGAACAAUUUUACUCUAAAAAUUUGUGGAAACUUGGAAUGUCUUGGGCUCUAUAUCGUCGAAGCUGCAGAAAUUUAAUCUUAUCAUCAUCGUCGGCCGUAUUGAGUAAAAAAGCUAAAGAUAUUCUUAAUUGUUCGUCAUAUAAAAGUAUUGUUCGAGUACAAAACAUGUCAUCAACAUCAGGUCGAAGUUCAAGAGUAAUCAACAAAAAAAAAGAAGAAAAAGUCAAAAUGUCAUGCACGAAUACAAUCUUGAACUAUUUUCAUCGAACAAUUAAUAAUAUACAUGUUUUACCUCGAAAAAAUGAUGAAACAAUGACAAAAGAAGACGAUCCACAUGAUAGACAAAUCAAUAACAAUAGCAAUAAUCAAACAUUAAAAUCAAAGAUCACAUCACCAUUAUCAUCAGCUGCUGCAUCAUCAUCAUCACCUGUAGCACCACCAAUUACGUCGUUAUCUGGGACAAUAUCUGUUUCAACAGAAAAAAUAUCGAACCAUAAUGGUAGUGGUAUUCGCUGGCAAUGUAUUCAAAACGAAGAGGCAAAACGUAUUAUUUUACAAGAAUAUCACGAAUAUCUCUAUGAUCAAGAGUUAGUCAUGUUAAAUCAUAAAACAUGUGAAUAUUUGAUCAAACAUCUCACUGUAGAUCGAUCAUUAUCAUCGUCAUGUGAAAUAGUCAAUCUUUUCGACAAUUUCGGUGAGAUAAUCUUUGAUACUGCAGUUACAGUUCCCUACGGUAAGACAUUUGCUCGAUCUCAACCGGAUAUUUAUGUUUCACGUGGAACUUUUGAAGCGGUCAUUGAUACAAUGAUGCUUGAUAUACUGUUCAAAUCAUUUUUUCUUCGUUCAACUAUUCGUCAACGUAAUCAAUUUAUUGAAAGAUUUCUAGAUUUGAAAUCCAAGGAUGAUAUGAGUAAAAUUGUACUCGUCCGAAUAGAAUCAAUGGCAAAUCUCGAUGAUCAAUAA